AUGGCGGCUCACUUGAAAAAACGCGUCUAUGAGGAAUUUACUAAAGUGGUGCAGGUGAGACAAACCAAUAGUAAAUUAUUAUGCUGUCUGACCUCUCUCUUUGUUAUCUGUCAUCUCCAUGCCCCACCAGUCCAGGAAAGCCAUUUCCCUUAAAGGCUAUUAAAUAAAUGUGUAGAGAAAUUUGGAAGUAAAGUAAGGCGUGAAUAUAGUGGACUUUAACCCCCAAUAAUUCUGCAGUUAACUAAUUGUGGAGAGUUGUAAUUAGCAACUUCAUCUCUGCAAUCUCUGAAAAUUGAUCAGUUCACUUCUAAUGCUCAUUAUUAUUACUUUCUUAUUAUUUACAUUAUUAUGCUCAGCCACUGCCUAAGAGCAGGAAUGUCAAAGAGGUUCUUGUCCACUGUAUGUAGACUUUAAUAUUCUGCAGGAGGGGAGCAAAAUAAAGUAAUAAUUCACAGAUAUAAUAAUACAUGUAAUAUUUUAUUUUAAAAAAUUAACUUUGUGUUUUCUGUAAUAAAGGCGGUUUCUUUUGUCUCCCUUUGUUAUUUUAUUAAUGGUAUGUACUUUUUUUUUUUUUAAUUAAUAGGGAGCUACUGACUGGCUCACAGCAUUAGCUGAACUCUCUAAGCCAAUAAGCGGCGCCCCCUGCCUGAUGCUGCUUGUGCCUUCCUUACUAAAAAUGUAAAAAAAGCUAAUGGACAGGGGGCAGAGCGAAACUGCACUGGAGCACAGGCUUGUACAGUUCGUAAACAGUUUGAAGUAGCGCUGUCAUCGAAUUUGCAAAGACACCCCCCAGUUUGAAGUAGCGCUGUCACUGAAUUUGCAAAGACCCCCCUUUCCCCAACAGUGAAAUCGUUGCUGGGGGGGUAGCAGGUAAAAGUAAGAUUUACUUACCUGAACCUGUCCCUUGUGGGUGCAGACAUCUUCCCCUUUCUGCUCCUCUUCAAUAGCACCAGGAGCAGGGUACGGUAUUGAGAUCUGUGGAGGAUCCCGCGAGAAUAUGGGAUGCUCCGUAGACCGAGCUAAUUCCCUGCAGCCGUCACUUGUGAUGACUGUCGAGAUUUACUCGGUAGCUCUGCCCAAAGUCUAAAAAGUCAGGCUUAGUAAAUAUACAGAGACAAAGUAGUUCCUACUGUCUCUAUAGUUCUCUUGACUGGGUUGGAAUUACAGUCAAAAUUUGUAUUUCAAAAAGUUAAACUUAAUUGAACUUAAAGAACCACAAAUGUACCCAGACUGCUUUUUCUCAAUGAAGUAGUGUGGGUUCUGUGGCCCUGUCCUUUUAACACUGCUGCAAUGUAAUACAUACUUACAUUGCAGGGUUAUAUCCACCUCUAGUGGUUGUUUUGUAGAAACUGCAGUUGUUUUCAUUGCAGGGUUAAAGGGAUUCUGAUGAGGCAAUCUUACCUGAUCCUCCUCCCUGGUGCUAAUCUUCUGAUAUGCUUCUGUAACAUCAACCUCUGAUCUGCCCCUGUUCCUAACUAAUUUGCCCUGCUUGGGGAAUCGCUGGAUAAGGAGAUACCAUAGCAACCACAGCGCACUCUGUGGAAGGUUCCUUUUCUGUCCCUGUCAAUCAAUUAUUUGGCAUAAAGUUUAUGCCAAAAAAUUGAUUGACAGGUGGUAGUAAAACCUAUUUUAAACUUUUAUUUCCCCAAUCUAUCUAAUUGCCAGCAAAACUACUGGCACAAUGUAUAGAUGGAAUUGCAUUCUCUUUAAACAGACAUAAGUAGCUUGGGGAGUGUUUUAUUUUUCAUUUUAGAAAAAGUGCAGGUUUCAAUAGCAAUUGACAGUUUUAUAAAUUAAAAGAACACUGGAGGGUCAGGAACGCAAACAUGUAUUCCUGACCCUUUAAUGUUAAAACCACCAUCUAGACUCCACCUCGACUGGCACCCCUUGCCUUCCUAAAUAUAGUAAAAAUCUUACUAGUAUUCAAGCUGCUGCCUCUGACCUUGAGCUGUCUGCUUGGCUGACAUAAUCAGAAGUUAUUCUGUGAGACAAUCACAAUGCUUUCCCAUAGGAUUGGCUGAGACUGUCAAGGAGGCAGAUCAGGGGCAGAGCCAGCACAAGUCAAACACAGCCCUGGCCAAUCAGCAUCUCCUCAUAGAGAUAAAUUGAAUCAAUGCAUCACUAUGAAGAAAAUUCAGUGUCUCCAUGCAGAGGGUGGAGACACUGAAUGGCAGCAGCACUGCCCCAGGAAACACCUGUAGCAGCCAUUUGAGGAGUGGCCAGUGGAGGUGUCCCUAUGCUGUAAUGUAAACACUGCAUUUGCUCUGAAAACACAGUGUUUAUUGCAAAAAGCAUGAAGGGACUGAUUAUACUCAGCAAAACAAAUUCAAUACGCUGUAGUUGUGCUGGUGACUACAGUGUCCCUUUAACCUUAUUACACCCCUCUUGCUGUUAAUCAGAGAACCACUGCUUGGUUGUUUAGUCCAGUGGAGCUAAACUCGAGGCAACAAUUUCUCAGAGCACCUGCCUUGCAAAGACUUCUCAUUGAGCUGCAUUGGGAAGUCUGUGAUUGGACAGCCACAGAAAGUCUUGGCGGGGUUAUAAGAGGAGGGCUUGCAAAGACUUCAGACAACAGAUCUUCAGUAUUUGCAAACUGUUUUGAGAUAUAUUUCCAAUAAAAAAAGUGAAAUAAAAUGCAUGCAGGUUUUUAUUGGGGUUAUUUCCACUAUAACAGUUGGUGUUUUUUGUUUGUGUGUAUUUGGUCAGUGGAGUGUCUCUUUAAAAGUUCCAAACCUAAAGUCAGUGCCAUUUUAUGCCUCAUGAGUGUAACAAAAUUCUGUUUAUCUUGUUCGUGAAUAAAACGUGUUGACUCGUAUUGCUAAUUUUUGAUUGAACUGAUAAUGCAAGACUGAAACACCUCUUUAUUUCUUUUUAGAAAUGUGAACUUAACAUUUUUUUUUCUUUUUCAAUAAAUACAUAGCAGCAGCCACUUGAGGAGCUUCAAGCAAAGAAACUAAGACUUACAAAGCCUAGUAAAUCAGCUGCUCUCCACGUUGAUUUAUGCAAGGCUACAUCUCCUGCCGAUGCCUUGCAGUUCCUUUUGCAGUUUGCACGCAAACCAGUGGAAGCAGACAGUGUGGAGGGAGUUGUCAGAAUCCUGCUGGAGUAUUACUAUAAGGUACGAAAAUCUACCAGGAUGCAAAUUAAUCCAAAAAAAUAGCAAAGAAUUACCAGGUGAACAUUAAUCCAAAGGCGUUUUAAAAAUUCAGCAUCAUAACAGGAUCAAGGAACAUUGGCCUUGAUUUGAUAGUUUUGGAGUCAUGUCUAAAAUGUUUUAAUAUAGAGAUAUAUUUUUAUAAUGUAUAUUUUAGUGUAAGUAGGAAGAGUGUGUUAGGUUGCUGGUUAAGUGUAAGUAUAUAUUUUAUUAUAUUUUAAUAUUUUUUUGUUGAAUAGUUUUGGAACAACUUUAAAUCACUUGAAAAGCUUAUCCAAAAAUAUAAAAAGUUAGUCUAUGUUCUAAUAAAAUAUAUUAUUUUCAUAUGCGAGUCAUAAAGGCCACAGGCAUUAAAAGGGACACUACAGUCAUCAGAACAACUACAGCUUAUUGUAGUUGCUCUGGUGAGUAAUCAUUCCCUGCAGGCAUUUUCAUGUAAUCACUGACUUUUCAGGGAAAAAAACAGUAUUUACAUUACUCCCUAGGGACACUUCCUGGAAGUGUCCCUAGGGGCAAUGUAAAUACUGCCCUUUAUCUGCAGUUCAGGGUUUCCAUAGAUGCAUUUGUUCUGCUACCUGGGCAGAAGUGGUGACACGGCUGUAGUUGGGGGACAAGAGUUGUCUGUGGAUUGGACGCAAGCCGCGAGCCUGAGAAGCACGGGUAGCCAGGUAAGAAUAAAUGUUGGCAGUGCAAACACAACUCCUGACAGCUUUCCAGGAGAGAGGCAGGGUGUACGGACCCCGCUCUCCCACCCAUUUUUCUUAAGUUAUUUCUAUAUUUUAAUUGUCAUGGUGUUUUACAGGGAGGAGGGGGCUGUGACACAGGGAAGGGAGGAGGGGGCUGUGACACAGGGAAGGGAGGGAGGGGGCUGUGACACAGGAAGGGAGGAGGGGCUGUGACACAGGGACACAAGGGAGGAGGGGGCUGUGACACAGGAAGGGAGGAGGGGGCUGUGACACAAGGAGGAGGGGGCUGUGACACAGGGAGGAGGGGGCUCUGACACAGGGAGGAGCGGGCUGUGACACAGGGCUGUGACACAGGGAGGAGCGGGCUGUGACACAGGGAGGAGCGGGCUGUGACACAGGGAGGAGGGGGCUGUGACACAGGGAAGGGAGGAGGGGGCUGUGACACAGGGAAGGGGGGCAAAUAUUGCCUACCAUACAUAUAGGUUUUAUCAUUAUUUUCCAUUUUUAUUUAAGAAAUUAGUAAAGCAAUUGUUCACAUAGUGAAAAACAACCCUCCCUCCCAAUGAAAAAAACAAAACAUAGAUGUCAAGCUUUGAUUAAUUCAAUAGUAUAUAGAGGACUUGUGCAAAAAUGAGUUUGAGCUAGUUUAUCCGAACCAAUUUCUCUUUUAAUACACAUAUUAACAAAUUGUUCCAUCAGGAUUUUCCGCCGGAGUUCUAUUCAUUUGAUAAGACUCUACACUUAAAUCCUGGGUGGAACCAUUAAUUCAAGCAUGGCUUGAAAGGCAUUUAAUUUGUUCGUACCAGCUGACAUACCAGUUCUUCAGUUUUUUAUACCGUGUUAAUAACUAUUAUUUUCACAUCCCUGGUUUAUUAGAUAUAUAAAUUGGUUUCUACAGACAAAGCCACAGAUGUAGUAGACAGCAUAACAAGUGUUAAUUUGUAAUACAACUUUUCUAUGCCUGCCUUCCCUUGUAGGAAAAUGACAGCUCCGUCAGGCUGAAGAUUGCAUCUCUACUCGGACUGUUAUCAAGGACUUCUGGAUUUUGCCCAGAUUCUAUUGUGGAUGAUGUGAUCAAUAUUCUUCAAAACGAAAGUACAUUUUCUAUAUGAUAAAAUUAAUGUGUAGCUGUUUUGUUUUUUUGUUUGUUUUGUUUUUUAAAAUGUAAUCUAUUAUAUUUUCUUCCUUGCUAUCUUUUAGAGUCUCACCAAGUGCUUGCCCAGCUCCUUGACACCUUGCUAGAAAUCGGAAUUAAGCUGCAGGAGAAUAUUCUUGUUCGUGUGAGACUAUUAGAUGUGGCCUACAAGGUACCUAAGAUUCUGUUUGAAGGGUGCUCUCUAUAAUAACUGGAUGUUGCAUCGAGAAACUAUCAAUGCCACUAAAAGUGAUUUAUGGUGCAUGCUGUUUUAUGGUCACUGGGAAAUGUGUUGUGAUUGUUAAAAUUGUACCCACAGUUAUUAACUGAUGUAGAUACUGGGUUUACUAUUUCUAGCCUUGACUGCUACAGUUGCAGCUGUGUACACGUGCUUUAUAUAUUGAGAAUCUAUUAUAUAGGUCUAUUUAUACCAGGAUAUCAAGGUUAAAGGGACACAAUAGGUAAAACUACUUUUGCUUAAAGGAACACUAUAAAACCAGGAAUACAAAUGUGUUAAACACAUUAUUUUGCCCCCUCCCUUACCACUAUUAAAUAAGGUAAAAACAUACUUUUAUUUCAAUACCACAAGUGUCCACUGGCCGCGCCCCAGAUCCUUGGCUGAGAUCAUCAGAAUCGAUGAUCUCAGCUGCGCCAAUCAGCAUCUCCUCAUAGAGAUGCAUUAGUUCAGCGUCUCCAUGCAAAGCUUUGGAAACACCUUUAAUGGCCAUCUGAGUGGCUGCCACUAGAGGUGUGCCUAGGCAGUAAUCUUUUUUUUCCCUUAAAAGGCAGUGUUUGCAUGAAAAUUCCUGCAUGGACAUAAUAUGCUCACCAGAGCAACCGCAUUAAGUUUGUUUAUGUUAAUGCAAUCCUAGCCACACCUCCUCUGGCAGUGACUGAAACAGCGUGAAAAAGUGGUUCACUUUUCAAUCAGAUGUUAACUUGAGUUAAAAGUUUUUAUCGCCAACUCUGUAAAUGGAACCUUAAUCACAUACACGGUGCUCCUGCAGGCUAUUAUUCUAGAAGGCUAUUAACAGUGCAGGAAAUAAGAAAUUAACCAGAAUGCAAUAAGGGAAGUUAAAACAUUAGAUCUCUCUUUACAGGAAGUAUUUACGAAGGCUGUGUAAGUCACAUGCAGGGAGGUGUGACCAGGACUGCAUAAACAAUGUGAUUUAACUCUUACAUGCCAAGGAAUUGAGCAGUGAGACUGCAUGGGAAAUGAUCUAUACAGUAAAAAGGCUUCAUUAAGCUAAAGUUGUUGGGUGUGUGUAUAGUGUCCCUUAAAUUCACUGGGAAUUGAGUCUCUAAUAAAGGCCUUAAUUUAAUAAGCUUUCCAAAUGAUUCAAUACUGUUAGAAUUUUUUUCCAAAUUAUUUAUCUAUAGAAGUCACAAUUAAAGUAUAUGGGAAUUCUUGUUGAUAAAUCAUUUGGAAGGUUUUCCUAAACCUAUUGAAUCGUUUGAUUUGGAAAGCUUAUUAGAUUGAGGCCAAAGUAUAUUCUGAUAAUAAGCAAUUUUACACAACAAUCCUCCGUUUUAUUGAAGUUCCUGUGAUGUUCACUAUCUUCUGCAAAAAGUUAUACAGUUACAAGUUACUUAGAAAUUGCAUCUACAUUGCAUGAAAACUUGUACAGUCUGUGGAUGCAUAGCUUCCCGUGUGAUGUAUUUCAAUAUGAAAUUGCCUUUUUAUAUUUUAUUAGAACUAGAACAAUUAACAUGUAAUCAAAUAGACUUGGAAAAGAGGAGGUUUUUGCACUAUUACCGAAGCAAGAAGCUGAUUCUGUAGCAUCCCUUUUUAAAAUGGCUUUAUUAAAUAAGCAGAUGGUAAUUAAAUAAUAAUUUUGAGUAGGAUCUCCCUUUUUGAAAAUUGUCACAGUAAAUGGUUACUUAUUCUAUUGAAUCUACAGCUUCUUUCUGACACUUCACAUGGUGUCAGGAACAAAUGUCUUCAGCUGAUUGGAUGCCUUGGGGCUGUAGAUAAAAAUACUACAAAGGAAUCAGAAAAUGCUGCAGGCAAAGACGUUCAAAAGAUAAUUGGGGAUUACUUUGGUGAUCAGGACCCUCGUGUCAGGACUGCUGCAAUUAAAGCCAUGGUAAAUAUGCAUGCUUACAAUCUGUAUUGUGCUGCUCAUUGUUUUGUGUAUACCGUGUUUACAAUAUCUCCUAUGAUCAGGAUAUAAAGGCUCAGUCAAAUAGAUUAAAGAAGGGACACCUUAAAGGGACACUCCAGGCACCCAGACCACUUCUGCCCAUUGGAGUGGUCUGGGUGCCAACUCACACUACUCUUAACCCUGCAAGUAUAAUUAUUGCAGUUUUUUUAUAAACUGCAAUAAUUACCUUGCAGGGUUAACUCCACCUCUAGUGGCUGUCUAGUAAACAGCCACUAGAGGGCACUUCCUGGUUCCUAGUACAGGAAACCUGUGCCAGAGCGUCGCUCAUUUCCCCAUAGGAAAUUUUCAAUACUUUCAUAUGGGGAGCGCUAAUGUGCAUGCGCGGCAUUGCCGCGCAUGUGCAUUAGGUCUCCCCGGCCAGUGGGCGGGAUCAGUCUCGCCCACCGGCCGACGCAGUCAGAAGGAGGAGCGGCAGCAGAGGAGGAAGCAGCGACGAGGGACAUUGUCGCUGCUUCAGGUAAGUUACUGAAGGGGUUUUCACCCCUUCAGCAACCAGGGGUUGGGGGGUGGGAGGGAGAGGGAAUCUGCAGUGCCAGGAAAACGGAUUGUUUUUCUGACACUGGAGUUUCCCUUUAAAGACACAACUUCUGGAAUAAAAGGCAAUCAUGACGGAAUAUUUCCUUCAUGUGUCAUUAAGGGGUUAAAGGGAUACUAAAGUCACCCAACGGAUACAAAAUCUCAAUUAAGUGGACUGAGGGCACUGGCUCUUUAAUUUUAACCGUACAGUAUAAAGCAUUGCAGUUUUAUAGAAACUGCACUGUUUGCAUUGCAGGGUUAAAUCCACCUCUAGUGGCUGUCUUCCUGACAGCCACACGAGGUGCCUCCUCUGCACUGACCGACCAAAACUCGGUCACGUGACACAGAAGCAAACUGAAGCCAAUAUUUUUGGUGUUGAAUAAUUUUAAAGCUGGUUAAGGGUUCCUGGUCAUCGACUGCCCUGCCCCAACUCAAGGCAUGACUAAGGCAGAGAUCACAUACUGCCUUAACCAUACCAAUUAAUACCAGCAAUGUGUGUCUGUGAUAGGCUGCAAGCGGUAAGCUGACACUCUCAGCCAAUCAAUGCCACCCAUUGCUUCUCAGGCUAAUGCUUCCUCAUUAGCCCAAGCAGCACAGAGGAAAUGGGCUGCUGCUGACUCUCAUUUAGCAUUUGAUCAUUAAAAAACAGUUUAACAUGGAAUGGCGUUACGGAACUCCAGGCACUGUCGCUACUUUAAUGAUAUGAAGCAAUUCUAUUUAACCAAAAGUGAAAUUUGUGAAGUCCAAAGGGUUAAAAAUGUAUUUUAAGGGAAACUAUUCCCCCUUUGUGUUUUGUUGCAUUUUAUUUAUUUAAUAAUGAGGCUGUUAUAUUAUGUUCCUUGUGUCCACAAUGCUUUCCUGUGAUUUGAUUGGAAACAAACCAAAACAAAUAAGGCCGAUUUGUGCUGGGGAAUAAAAAGUGACAGAUCAGCUUAGCUGCAGAAAGCAAUAUCUGCUAAGAAAAUGUAUGAUUUUAGGCAGUUAGGAAAUGAAGUUUGGAAAACUAACAAAUGCACAUUUUAGCUACAAAUGCAUUUUGUAACAGAGACCUUCCGUUUUAGUGAAGGCUUUCUAUUUGUAGACCUAAGAAUAAUCAACACAAGGGGAACAAUGUUAAAUGCAAUGAUGAGAUGUCUGUAUAAAUUACCGUAUUAAACUACAUUUAUAAAAUAAUUUAUUUUAUGAAAAUCUUUGUUCCAGCUACAACUUCAUGAACGAGGACUGAAAUUACAACAAGCAAUGUAUGGUCAGGUAUAGAAUUCUCUCUUUGCCAAAAUUUGUAACUGUGAUUGUACUUCCAGGUCAUGUGUAGUCGUUCUUUAAUUUGCCAAAUAGUGUAAUGUUGAUCAUUUUCCUUUGUCUGUACAAUCCGUGAAGGACCAAAAUGCCUGUAAAACAGAUAGAGAACAAACGUGAUGCAGAUUAAAGAUAGUUACAUGGUUCUUGCUGGUUGCAGUUACAAAUGUUUGAAUGUUUUUGUUUUUAAAAGUUUAUGUUUUAAAAAAAUAUAUAAAUAUAGGCUUUAUAUGUGUGUGUGUAUUCUGUAGUUGUGUGCACACCGCACAAGGAAGCAGGCUCCUUAGAGAAUUUAGCCAAACUAUACUUGCAGGGAAGAAUGCAUACUUUGUGUGCAGCUGUAUGUAAUAGAUUAAGGAUUUGUGUCUGUGUUUGUGGAUGGCAAUACGGAUUUGUGUGCAUUCACGUGUGGCAGUACAGUACCUUAACAGACCAGCCAUCUCAACCACAACAAAUAAUUGUGCACUUGCCACUUGAUGUGGACCAGGCCAGCAACAAUCUGGGAUUAAGCAAGUUAUUACCUGGACUCUAACUUGUCUCUCUAUCUUGAGAUGGAUAGCCACAGACUGCAUUAAGUUCUUAGGGAGCUGCCUUAAAGGGAAACUCUAGUGGAAAUAUGCCUCUCUCCGUAUAAUACUGAGCUCAGCUUGCAAUUGGUGCUAUAAGUGGCACCGAGAGCAUAUCACAAAUGCCAUUUAUUAAAGCAGUAAGUAAUAUGUCCAGGUCCCAUGGAUUCCUCCUUCCAAUUUUUUUCUUAAUAAAAAGUUUAAGGUGUGAGUACUUCUGUGUAAUUCCCUGCCUUCUCAAUGUUUCGCAAAGUUGUAAAACGUAAAGUUCGUGAGAAUUAAAGAAGGUAUUUGUGGCCUGCUUAAGUUACUCUCAAUGUGUUAUAAGGUUAUCCUGCCUACACCUCAAGACUGUAUACUUUAUGGCUCGUUGGAUCUACUUUUUAGUGGGAUAUAGGUUUUCUUUUUCUUUUCGUAGUUCCUCAAACUGUUAAUCAAGGUGCAUACUGUCAAAUAUUGCACAUCCUCUGCGCAGGAUAUUAUUUUAUUGCUGUUACAAUGUGGUGUUUUUCUAUACAUGUCCUACUGUAUUACAUUGUGACAUAGCAAUAAAAUUCAAUUUACAAAAAAAAACCUUAAAAAAAAUUAAGCUUUUUCCAUAGCCCACCUCUUACUAGCGUAUUAGGUUUGCAACUACAUGUGUUCUACAGAUAAAUAAAACAAAGAAACAUAAUCACAUGCCAAAGCGACAAGUUUUGUUUAAGAUAAGAACGACAACUCCAAGGUGUAUACAUAUGUGUAGCAAGCCCUGCUUGGAACACGGCGCACCUCAUGUGUGCGUUAAAUUACUGUGGAACGAAAAUGAAACUACAGACUUUAAAUGGAGAACUACGAUUUAGCAUGCGUUGCAUUGAAGGUAAGGAAAAAUAAAAAUGGAAAGCAAAUGCUCUGCCUUUCUUCCACACUAGACUGAGGACAUCCUUGCCCUAAAACAUACUGCCAAUAGGUUACAGUCUCCCCAACUAGGAAUCCUACAUUUGAGCCCCCUAUGUAGUAAUAAAGAAAAUAAAAAGCUGUGUGACUGCAUAAUCGAACAGCCGGUUGGAGUGACUGUCAAGUACUGUGCAACAUGUGUAGUUGCCUACCUAGCAAGUUCGUAAUGGAUGGGUUAUGGGGAUGGGGGGUGUUACAUUUUAAAAGCUUUGCAGGACCUACCAACUAGUUGAGAUGGAAGUAACUACCCAGGGUUAAGUACUGUUACUUCUAUGCUCAGAGCGGGAGAUUAUUGUGCUCUCUUAUUUGUCUGUGUGUACGUUGACUGGGGUGAGAAUGUAACCGUCUCAUACACUUCAGUGAAAAUGCUGGGAAAAAGCAGUUCAGAGAUUAAUGACACCUAUGCAGAAGAGCCAAAGACACCGUGCAAAGCACAUCAUCAUAAUACAAAAAUGUCGGCUUAGUGCUGAGUAUGAUGGGCCAGUUUGGUAUUAAAUAACACAGCGUGACAGUCGUGUGUUUUUGUUUGCAUCUUCUAUUCCUAUACCAGUUCUUCUGUACAUUUGUAAUGUGUUUUUGAUUUCCUUCUUGUUCCUUCUGUCUGUCCAGGCCUGUAAGCUGUUGUCUGAUGAUUAUGAACAAGUCCGUAGUGCCGCAGUGCAGCUGACUUGGGUGUUAAGCCAGAUUUAUCCUGAAAGGUAAUAUUUCUGCGGAAAUCCAUAAUUCCUUUUGCUGUCAAAUUUGAGAAGUCCGAUUUUUGCUAUUCAGACAUAUCUAUCAUGUGGUGUUUUGCUAUAAUGCUAGGUCUUUCUGAAAAGAAUCUCAGUGCAGCUCUUGUUUAAACAUGUUGACAUUUAAAAUAAUUUUGCUUUCCUUCUGGUCACCUUACUACAAUAUAAUUGUAAAGCCAUUGUAUGAUUCUAGCAGGGCAAUAUAUUGGGUGAAUUAUUUGUUAAACAGUUAAGUGUGGUCAGUUGCCAAGACAAACACAUGUUGAGUCAAAGUGGCACUCAAUGGGAAAUUCUCCAACAUAACUCUUUUGGCUAGCAUUUCCCCACUUUGUUCUCAAGUAACUAAUAUGUGAAAACUAGUGUUCUUUUUUUAAAUAACUAUUGAUUUUUGUUUACAUAAUGAUACCCUGUAUUUGUAAUAUUGCUUUGUCUAUUAACAUAUUUUCCUUGUUUCUCCAUUCUUCUUCUUCAUGUUUCUUUGAACAUAUUUUGAAACUUGCUAUCCUAUACUAACUUGGCCAUGAUUUGUAUUUUUAUGAUUUCUAUACUGGGCUGGGAUUGUCUGUUCUUCCUGGCCCUAUGCAAUAACCUGAGACAGAGGGAUGUGCGUGCAUAAUAUCAUUUUUGUCUACUCAGCAUCGUGCCUAUCCCUUCAUCCAAUGAAGAGAUCCGUCUUGUUGAUGAUGCUUUUGGAAAAGUGUGUCACAUGGCUAGCGAUGGCUCCUGGGUGGUCAGAGUCCAGGCCUGCAAACUUCUGGUGAGAUAUCACUAAUUUAACAAUGGAAAUUAUGGGAUUGUUCAACUUUUAGCAUAUAGCCUGAGAGCUUGGGUGUUUAAUAAAAUAUGUUUCCUAGCUUUCUGAAUCCGUUUCUGUAAAUUUUGAAUAUUUUAGUUUGUUAGUUAUCCAGUCCUGCAUAAUAUGUUUCUAUAUUUAAAAGAAACCAAUAAUAAUUACAAAAUACUCAUUGGUUAAAGUCCUGAUUGGUAAACUUUAGCUAAAGUCCUGAUUGAUAAACUUUAGCAAUUUUUCAAUCUGUUCUUCUCAUGCGGGACAAUACACCCAUUGUGGAACCAUUUUCACAAUGUAGUGUUCUAGUUAAUGCUCUUUGUCUGGAAUACAUUCUAGAUGUUGUACAAUAUUGCAGUUACUGUGGAAUAACAAAGCAUAUUUUUGUUUCCAACCUUUUGAGAUGUGGUUUGAUGCAGCAGGUUCUGCAGAAUGAUCCCUAGCUGAAAAGGCUUAGAGUCUGAGUAGACUAUUGUAGGUUCUCUGAGAUUUCUCCUGGCAGAUUUGCUAAUAAACAUUGGAGAUAAAGUAGAAUACAGCUGAUUGUAUGGGAUACCUUUUUGCUGGUGUUAUGAAAUGCCACCUGGUUGGUAAGGUUUAGAAAUGUGGUAGAACCCUGCAGGUUUUAUGGGAUGUCUCUUUGUAGAUAAGCUAUGUUGUAGGACAGAGCAGGUUCUGUAGAAAAGUCGAUGCUUAUAUUGCUGCCUAAUGCAAUCUGUAGUGAAUGUCACUUGGACAGCCACUAGAGGGACUUACUGGAUGUGGUCCUGCAAAGAUUGAGUCAAUGCAUCUCUAUUAGGAGAUGGUGAUUGAUGCAGUGUUGUGAUUGCCAUGCAAGCUCAAUCCCUACGGGAAGCAUCAGUAAUGAUGAUCUUUGCCAGGGGAGGAGUCUCUGCUUUGGCGAGAUCAGUGCGCCAGGAGAAAUAAGAUGAGUAAAACUAUUUUCUUACUUCUAUUAUGGCUGGUAUAAAAUGCAAAUGAGCACAGGCAUGUUUGUAUUCCUAAUGCUAGAGUGUUUCAUUCUGGCUUCACUAUCAACUUGCAGACUGAAAUCACUGAUUUGGUUUUGUGAAGAUGUUCAAUAAUACGGUAUUUGUAGACCAGAGUCUAAGAAAAUACUCUGUGUCUUAAGAUAAAAUGAUCUCUACCAUAAUCUUGUUGUUUCUGUAUUUUCAAGGGGUCCAUGCAGCAGGUUAGUCCCCACUUCUUGGAGCAGACUCUGGACAAGAAAUUAAUGUCAGACCUUAGAGUAAGUAUUACCCUGAAUGCAUCUUACAAUGGAUGCAAUGUUUUUGCACAUCAUGCUCGAGAGCUUCCAACUUCACAAAUAAUAUGAAAGGAUGGUGGUUUUACUAGUCCUCAUUGUUCAGACAUAAUCUUACAAAUGGCAAAUAGAAUUAAUACAUUUUUCAUGCAGUUUAACUUUUAGAGCCAUAGUGUAUAAUAUUCUGCACUAUUUAAAAUGUAGUUGAAACUGGUUAUAUUUAAUGUAUAGUUGUUUUAAUUUACCGAAUAUAUUCAGUAUCCAAACUAUAUUUGAAUAAUCAUAUGCUGUAAAAUUGAAUGUGCAAUAUUUUUCUUCUUGCUUACAAUAAAUGGGAUUCUUGGGAAUUUUAGUGACACCAUCCUCUCACUUGUAUGUAUAUUGUAAAAGAUUUCUGUAUGCAAUUAUUCGAGUGCAUGUUCUCUACCCAGCGGAAGCGGACUGCACAUGAACGUGCUAAAGAACUCUACAGCUCUGGGGAGUUUUCAAGUGGCCGAAAAUGGGGAGAUGACACCCCCAAAGAAGAGCUAGAUACAGGAGCUGUCAACCUUAUUGAGUCCGGAGCAUGUGGAGCUUUUGUUCACGGUCUGGAAGAUGAGAUGUAUGGUAUGGAAAACAGUGUUAAUUGCACACUCACUAAUUUCCUUCUCUUUAAUCACUAGAGUUAUGUUUAACUACCUGACUCUUAGAAUGGAAGAAAAUUUUAACCACUUAAGUACUGACCUUAUUAUGAGUGGAACUGCUCUGUAAACUAAUAGUAGUCCUAUCAUAGCUUCUCUAAGCUUACACGUAGCCUAGUGAACUGGGCUAUAUACAGCUAUUUGUCUUUGUACGCGAGGUUCAUGCCUCAGAUCUCUCCUGGGAUGAAAGAGAGCUCAGCUCUCGCUCAAUGGCUGGAGCUACACCUGGAGAGAAAUGGUAAAAUAUAUCUAUAAAAUAAUUGGCAAGAUUUUGUGCUAAAAAUUCCAGACAGGGGACUUGCACCUUAUUUCUCCUCAGCAUGCUGAAGUGAUUAUGGCACAUAAAACAAUACUUUAACAUGUUCACAAACACAAACUAGGAUUUAUUUUUAUAAAUAGAUUUUGAGGACAAAAUAGUUUAAGCAAAGAGCACAUAUAGAAAAGCAAACAUUUGUAGAGUAUAAAAGAAAUAUCAGAGUUACAUAGUUACAUAGCUGAAAAGAGACCUGCGUCCAUCAAGUUCAGCCUUCCUCACAUAUGUUUUUGCUGUUGAUCCAAAAGAAGGCAAAAAACCUAGUCUGAAGCGCUUCCAAUUUUGCCACAAACUAGGAAAAAAUUCCUUCUUGACCCCAAAAUAGCAGUCAGAUGUCUCCUUGGAUCAAGCAGCUGUUACCCCACUAAUUAGAAAUGAUAUCCCUGUAUGUUAUGUUUUUGCAAGUAUUUAUCCAAUUGCAGUUUAAACAUCUGUAUAGACUCUGACAAAACCACCUCUUCAGGCAAAGAAUUCCAUAUGCUUAUUGCUCUUACUAUAAAAAAACCUUUUUUUUGCCUUAGAUGAAAUCUCCUUUCUUCCUGCCUAAAUGUGUGACCUCGUGUCCUAUGUAUUGCACUGUUUAUGAAUAGAUUUCCAGAUAAAGGUUUGUACUGGCCCCGAAUAUAUUUGUAUAAUGUUAUCAAAUCCGCUCUCAGGUGUCGUUUUUCCGAAUUUAAGAGAUUACAUUUUUUUAACCUUUCUUCAUAACUAAAAUGCUCCAUUCCUUUUAUCAAUUUUGUAGCUCAUCUCUGCACUUUUUCUAGUGCCAUGAUAUCUUUCUUUAGAACAGGUGCCCAAAAUUGCACAGCAUAUUCAAGGUGUGGUCUUACCAGCGAUUUAUAAAGAGGCAAAAUUAUAUUUUCAUCUCGAGAAUUUAUGCCCCUAUUUAUACAUAACAAAACCUUACUGGCCUUAGCAACGGUAGAUUGACAUUGCAUAUUGCUGCCUAAUUUGUUGUCUAUAACAAUUCCCAAAUCCUUCUUGUGUGUGGUUAUCCCUAGUUCACUACCAUUUAGGGUGUAAAUUGCUUGUGCAUUCUUAACGCCGAAGUGCCUAACUUUGAAUUUCUCUACGUUAAAUUUAAUCUGCCAUUUUAGUGCCCAGUCCCCCAAUCUAUCCAAAUCCCUCUGCAGCAAGGCAAUAUCCUGCUCACAUUUUAUUACUUUACAAAGUUUUGUCUCAUCUGCAAACACUGAUACAUGGCUUUCAAUGCCCAUUUUAAGAUCAUUUAUAAAUAUGUUAAAUAGAAGCGGUCCCAAAACAGAACCCUGAGGGACACCACUUACCACUUUUGUCCAGCUUGAAAAUUUACCAUUAAUGACAACUCGUUGUACUCUAUCCUUAAGCCAAUGUUCUACCCAAGAACAAGCAUAUUCAUCUAGACCAAUUUCUUUUAGUUUGAAGACUAACCUAUUUUGAGGAACCGUAUCAAAUGCCUUGGCAAAAUCCAAGUAGAUCACAUCCACUGCAACACCCUGAUCUAUACUUCUACUUACUUCUUCGUAGAAUGCAAUUAGGUUAGUUUGACAUGACCUAUGUUUCAUAAAACCAUGCUGAUUAUUGCUAAUAACACAGUUCUUCCCAAUAAAUUCCUGAAUAUUAUCCCAUAAUAGCCCUUCAAAUAAUUUCCCAGUCACAGAGGUUAAGCUCACAGGUCUAUAAUUUCCAGGCAAGGAUUUUGAACCCUUUUUAAAUAUAGGAACAACAUCUGCCUUCCUCUAAUCCUCCGGUACAAUACCUGAAACAAAAGGAUCUCGAAAAAUUAUAUUCUUUAUUUUAAGUAGAUUUUUGGGGUUUGAAAACAAAUCCAAUAAUUAUUUAACUGGCACAGACUUUGUAACUGCUAACCUCAACCUACAGCAUCUGCCUGAUUCACACAUCCAAUUUCUCCAGAAGGUGUAAUGGCAUAAAUAUUUAUUCAUAAACAUGUAGCAAAAACUCUUAAGGACAUGAUCUGAAUAAACUGUGGGUUUUUAUGUAUUAUUGAAAUGCAACUUGAAUUAUCUAAAGUUAGCCUGGGACCUAUGAUCUGAGUAUAAGAAUUACAGGCCAGCAAAUAUUAGUGUACCACAGAUUACCUUUAAAAAAACCAAACAAACAAAUAAUAUAUUAUAGAUCUGCAAAACUAACUAAAAAUGUAUAUUAGUAGACUGUAAAAAUAUUUUUUUGCAUCCACCCAGUGUACUUACAUAGAAACGUAGAAUGUGACGGCUGAUAACCAUUCGGCCCAUCUAGUCUGCCCAAUUUUCUAAAUACUUUCAUUAGUCCCCGGCCUUAUCUUAUAGUUAGAAUAGCCUUAUGCCUAUCCCACGCAUGCUUGAACUCCUUUACUGUGUUAACCUCUACCACUUCAGCUGGAAGGCUAUUCCAUGCAUCCACUACCCUCUCAGUAAAGUAAUACUUUCUGAUAUUAUUUUUAAACCUUUGUCCCUCUAAUUUAAGACUAUGUCCUCUUGUUGUGGUAGUUUUCUUCUUUUAAAUAUAGUCUCCUCCUUUACUGUGUUGAUUCCCUUUAUAUAUUUAAAUGUUUAUUAUAUCCCCCCUGUCUCGUCUUUCCUCCAAGCUAUACAUGUUAAGAUCCUUUAACCUUUCCUGGUAAGUUUUAUCCCGCAAUCCAUGAACCAGUUUAGUAGCCCUUCUCUGAACCCUCUCUAAGGUAUCAAUAUCCUUCUGAAGAUACGGUCUCCAGUACUGUGUACAAUACUCCAAGUGAGGUCUCACCAGUGUUCUGUACAAUGGCAUGAGCACUUCCCUCUUUCUACUGCUAAUACCUCUCCCUAUACAACCAAGCAUUCUGCUAGCAUUUCCUGCUGCUCUAUUACAUUGUCUGCCUACUGUUAAGUCAUCUGAAAUAAUUACCCCUAAAUCCCUUUCCUCAGAUGUUGAGGUUAGGACUCUAUCAAAUAUUCUGCCCUUGGGUUUUUACGUCAAAGAUGCAUUAUCUUGCACUUAUCCACAUUAAAUGUCAGUUGCCACAACAUUUUUCUAGUUUACCUAAAUCAUUUGCCAUUUGGCUUAUCCCUCCUGGAACAUCAACCCUGUUAGAUAUCUCAGUAUCAUCAGCAAAAAUACAUACCUUACCAUCAAGACCUUCUGCAAUAUCACUAAUAAAAAUAUUAAAGAGAAUGGGUCCAAGUACAGAUCCCUGAGGUACCCCACUGGUGACAGGUCCAAGCUUCGAAUAUACUCCAUUGACUUCAACUCUCUGUUGCCUUACCCAUUCAAAAAUAUUGGAAUCCAAACUCAAAGAUUGCAGUUAAUUGAUAAGCCUUCUAUGUGCAACAGUGUCAAAAUCCUUACUGAAAUCUAGGUAAGCAAUGUCUACUCACCACCCUGACCUAUAAUUUUAGUUACCCAAUUAAAAAAAAGGAUUAGUUUGGCUUGAUCUCCCUGAAGUAAACCAAUUUUGUCUCCGAUCUUACAAUCCAUGUGAUUUUAGAUGUUCAACAAUACUCCUGUUAACAAUGAUUGGUUAAAUAGAUCUGUUAAUGGUUUUGCUAGUACACCACUAAACUCUUUGAAUAUCGUUGAGUUUAUCCCAUCAGGCCCCAUUGACUUAUUUGUCUUUACUUUUGACAGUUGAAAUAGAACCUCUUCCUCUGUAAACUCACGUGUAACACACGCCUCAUUUGUCCUUUUUCCUAACGGAGGCCCUUUCCUUCAUUUUCUUUUUUUUUUUUUUUUUUUUUGCAGUGCAAUAUAUAAUAAGUCAUAACAGCAGGCGUGUGGUGCCCCAAUAGCAUUCCUCACGCUGAAUAUCAACAUUUUAACAAUGGGGUUUUCAUAAAUCCUUGCACAUUUUUUUGUUAUUUAGUCGAGAUUGUCCACGCUUAAGCUUUACGCUGAGUAUUCGGUUAACAAGUGGGCCUGGGUAGGUCUUACAAAAUCUUGGCCGCACAGUGCGUUAAGAUAGUUACACUAGUUAUUAGAUGCAAGAUAUAAUGAGAGUUACGGUUAUACAUUUUAGCGUUAAAGUUAACAUGAAUUCUUGCAGUGCCACAACAGCGACUGUAGGCAUAUUUUGAACAUCAGGUUGCUUUGGCGUGCAGUUAAAACAGCACGAAUUUUGUUAUUUUUCAUGUAAAAUUAACCCGCUAUAUAAAACAAGUAUGUUAGUGCAUAGAUUACUUUGCUAGACAAAGAGUUACAGACCUUCCUUCAACAAGAACAAUUGCAAACUAUUCAUCUGAACUAAAAGCUGUCUCAUCAAUCAGGUUAUAGGGCAAUUAUAACUUAAUCGCUUCCAGUUACAGGCUCUGUGCACUCCUACAGAAACUAACGUAGUGCAGGUUACAAAUGGUAAGUUAUACGCAGGCUUAGUUAUUACAUCUAAUGCAAUGGGUCACGAUGGGAUCUACAUGUUUAUGCUAGUAGAUGCAAAUUGUAGCUUAAGUAAAUGUGGGCUUUCAAGAAAAUUACACGAUUAGACUUCGAUUUUACCACUGCCAGAGUAGGUAGGCGGGCGGCCACCGGGGCCGAGUGUAUUCCUCUAUUAUUGGGUAUUACUAAUAGACAUAGUAGUAUAAUUGCGUGGCUAUGGUAUAUGUUAGAACACCUUUCAGGUGACAAGAGGUACAUAGGUAGCUGCUGUCUCUUAGGUAGCUGAUGUAAAACUACAGCUUCUGUUAUUUAGUCAGUGUCCUGUGGUGGUGUUAGAGUCUCUGAGCUGGCAUGUGUGACUCCUUCCCUUCGGACACUGAUCCCUCACCACGGCAGUUCAGCUUCACCGGUUCUUUUCUGUGUGUGGUAAGUCUCCCCAUAUCAGGCUCGUGUAGGCCCGUUUGGCCGUUACCCGCUGCAGCACACUUUCAUUUCGCGCCUUCUGCGCUUGGCCCCACCUGGGGGUAUCCAUUGCGGGCCCGGGGUCUCUCAUUCUCUGAUCAUGUCUGCGGUGUUCUUUUACUUGAAGCCAUCCGGCAGGGCAGAUGAAGGAACCGUGGUUCAAAAGGGGCUCCGUGGUGCAGGAGCAGAUAAUGUUCAGCUGUCUGCCGCCGCCAUUUUGUGAGGCAGUUAGAGAUUCUCCUCUCAGCCCCCGCCCGUCUCGGGCUCUCCCCAGUGGGGACCGGGAUGACCCCCCCGGUCCAAAGGGGGGGGAACAGGGCCGGCAAGCAACUCAGGCAGUCAGCCUGUGGCAGCAGGGGAGGGAGACGUAGCGGCGGCCGUCCACCACGCUCCCCUCCCGGGUAGGCCGCAGCCCUCGAAGCUCCGUGCCCCCUUCAGAGGAUCAGAACUCCCGAUCUCGGGGUCCGCCGCCGCUCCCACAGCUAUGGGUGUCUUUUGGCCCGUUUUGUGUGUGUUAAGAUCCACUGUGAAUAGCUUAAAAGACCGGGUUUCCCCAGAGCCUCUCCUGCAUGCGACCGGUCAGCAUGGCGGUCCGGCCCCGCCCCCUUCAUUUUCAUCUGUAAAUACUGAACAAAAAUAUUUAUUGAGGCAGUCAGCUGAAUAUUUUUGUUCAGAAUUUACAGAUGAAAAUGAAUACUGUGCCCAAAAAAAACCUAAAAUAUACCAAAAUAAUUUUUGCUCAUUGUGACUUUACAAAUAGAAAGUAAUGUAUAUGCAGGCAAGUUGUCCUUUUCCUAGUUUUUGCCAAAUCUAGCAGUAAUUCUUUCCCACAUAUAUUGAGUUUAGUGAAUUUCAUAAGCUUGGUGUGUCCAACCACAUCAUUGGCCUUAUAUGUAUACGCUAGCACUACCCCACAUAUAUACCUCUGCCAGAUUUUUGGAGAAUUCACAGGAUCAGAUUUGAGACCUGCCCUAAUUUUUACAUUCCUGUUGCCUCUUAUAAAAGUUGUUUGUUAAAUUCGCACUGUGUGUGGUACCUAACAGACCAGCACAAAACUCUGACUCUGUUUUUAAGCUUACCAUAGACCCUAUCCCUGCCUAAAACAAACCUUACCAAACCGUACCGCUGGACUCCUUCAUCGUGGCUUACAAUAAUCAGGACGCUGUAAUAGCCUGUUACAGAGAUACAAUACCAGGGUGGCUUCUGGAAAGCUAUUACUUUCUUGUGCUUGAGACAUCCAGCAAUAACCCAGUGUACCAAGCACUCCCGCCUGCCACCAGCAAUUCUCUGUGGCAAUAGGCAUCUGAUACCACAGCAAUCUGAAGACUUGAGCAGCCUGGGGAAGCUCUAUUGCCAGGCUGUAUCACUACUUAUAAAUAUGAAAAACAUGUUGCCAAUAUGAGGCAAUAUAUAAACCAAAACCACAUGGAGAGGCAAAAUUAGUAACCACAAAAGCCAGGUGCAAACCAUAUAAGCACUCAGGUGCUUAAUUACAGAAAUCUAUAUAUAAUACAGAAUGCACACUGUAACAACCAGAUAUCAAAUACAAAACUUUAAUAAGUAUACAAAUAACAACAAAUGACAAAUUGAAACAAAGUAACACAAUAAGGAAAAUAGUAAUCAAGAGUAAUUUACCCAAAUCUUUCAACACAAGUAAUGAGACAAUAACAUAUUGUUAAAUAUGUUGUUAUGGCUUUGUACUAGCAGCGUAUUUUUGACAUUCCUCCAGUGAGGUCCAAGCUGUUGGAAUACACUGCAUGCAGUUCUCAUUCUUCUGUUGAGUGAGUGCAGUCACAGAACAUUGUAGGUGAGAGUCACAGCUAUAUUUAUAUUUGCAUUAUUAUUUAUAAUUCUGCAUUAUAUAUUAUUGUAUCAUUAUGUAUAAUGUGCAUUUGAUUCUGUUAUAUGUUCUACAAUUGUGUAAGACUAGAUUUUACUAAAUAUAAAUACAUUUCUUUCUAAUUUAAAGUCAGAUUAUGCUCAACAUUUCCAUAGAUUUUAUUGACCAUUUGCUGUUCAUGGGUUUUUAUCAUGACUUUUUUUUACCCCAGAGGUAAGGAUAGCUGCUGUGGAAUCUCUCUGUCUGCUGGCACGAUCCUCUCGUCCCUUUGCGGAGAAGUGCCUGGACUUCCUGGUGGAUAUGUUUAAUGAUGAGAUUGAGGAGGUCCGUUUGCAGUCCAUCCACACUAUGCGCAAGAUUUCUGACAACAUCACUCUGCGGGAAGACCAGCUAGAUACUGUACUGGCUGUGCUGGAGGUAGGUGUUUUUCUCCUUAAAUUAAUUUUCCCUGUCAUUUACAUCAGUUGCCCCGGAUGGGACACUCUAUACUGAUAUGCCUAUUUGUACUUAAAAAAGAAAUGUAUUAUGAUGCAAAAAUAUCAUGCUAAACUGGCAUAGCAAGUUCCGUAUUAAAAAUGUAUAAUUAUACCACAAUCUACCCAUUUAAUGUCUUUAUACACAGAACACUAUGCCUGUGUAUCAAGAUAUUAAAUAGCCUCAAUUUAAUAUUGUUUUAUAAGCUUUCCAAAUGAUUUAAUAUUUCGGGGUAAAUAAUAAAAAUUAUUUAAUAUUCUGAAAAAAUAUAAAAAAAUAUUUAAAAAAAUGUUGUUUUUUUUUGUCAUAUUGAUAUAUUUUUAUAUAUUGAUAUAUAUAUGUUUUAUCUUUUAAUAUGUUGAAAAAAAUAAUUUCAAAAAGUUUAUCCAAUGAUAUUAAAUCAAGGCUAUAGUGGUGUGCAUAUAUAUAUUAUUAUUAUUAUUAUUAUUGGUAUUUAUAUAACGCCAGCAUAUUCCGUAGCGCUUAACAAUAUUAUCAAAGGGAGAGAUUUAACAAUAAAUUAGACAAUUACAAAAACUUAGAGGAACAAUAGGUUGAAGAAGGCGCUGCUCAAACAAGCUUACAGUCUAUAUACACUGCCUGGCCAAAAAAAAGUCGCUACCUGGAUUUAACUAAGCAAAUAGGUAAGAGCCUCCUAUUGGAUAGUUACUGCAUGGAUGAUUAUCUUUCAGCUGGCAACAAGUUAUUUAACCCCUACUGAUGCAAUGAGUAGCUUCUCAUUUCUUAAACAACCAUGUCGAAAGAGGCUGAAGGGUCAAAUCACUGGCAUACAUAAAGCAGUAAAAACUUCCAAGGAGAUUGCAGAAACUACUAAAAUUGGGUUAAGAACUGUCCAACUCAUUAUUAAAAACUGGAAGGAUAGUGGGGAACCAUCGUCUUUGAGGAACAGAGGCAGAUGAAGUGAUGCAUUCAUCAUGCCUACUGUACGAACCUGUGGGGGCAGCGCUAUGAUCUGGGGUUGCUGCAGUUGGUCAGGUCUAGGUUCAGCAUCAUUAUGUGCCCAAAGAAUUAGGUCAGCUGAAUAUACUGAAUGACCAGGUUAUUCCAUCAAUGGAUUUUUUUCUUCCCUGAUUGCACGGGCAUAUUCCAAGAUGACAAUGCCAGAAUUCAUCGAGCUCAAAUUGUGAAAGAGUGGUUCAGGGAGCAUGAUACAUAAUUUUCACACAUGGAUUGGCCACCACAGAGUCCAGACCUUAACCCCAUUAAGAAUCUUUGGAAUGUGCUGGAGAAGGCUUUGUGCAGUGGUCCGACUCUCCCAUCAUCAAUACAAGAUCUUGGGGAAAAAUUAAUGCAACACUGGACGAAAAUAAAUCUUGUGACAUUGCAGAAGCUUAUCGGAACAAUGCCACAGCGAAUGCGUGACGUAAUCAAAGCUAAAGGCGGUCCAACGAAAUAUUAGAGUGUAUGACCUUUUUUUUGGGUGGCGACUUUUUUUGGCCAGGCAGUGUAUAUUUGAGGGUAUAGGGCUGGCUACAAUUACUUAAGGAACGCGCCUCUCAAUAGCAUUCAAUAGCAUUUUCACAAAGCGAUUGUUGUGCCUUAGUUAGCUGUUCUCUUUCACUUUCCUUCUCUUCAGGACACUGCCCACUCAACACAGGUGAUCCUUAUUACUCCAAUAUUUAUUUGGCAUUUACAUUUAAAAAUGCAAAUUAGGUUGUAUAUCUAGAUUUUGUUGUGAACAGUCAUCUAGAACAUGGAUAUUCUAGAGCAGGGGUUGGCAACUAUCAUCAUUUUCUUUUCUUUUUUGCAGGAUUCUUCUCGGGACAUCAGAGAAGCUCUGCAUGAGCUGCUGUGCUGCACUAAUGUGUCUACCAAGGAAUGCAUCCAGCUUGCUUUGGUAGAACUUCUAAAGAACCUGUCAAAGUAUCCAACUGAUCGAGACUCCAUCUGGAAGUAAAUAUCUGACACAUAGGCAAACAUACCGAUUGGUAAUGGAAGCAACUCUUACCAAUAAACUUAAUAGGAUAUUACUUGAGGUUUUUUUUUUAAUGGAGUCCCUUUGCUUUUUGUCAAACUGUUUCAAGUAGUCUGCCAAAAAUUUUUUUUUUUUUUCUUGGCACGAUAAGCCCAACAACCUCUCUGGCUUCUACAUCAUAAUCACAAUGUAGUGAAUACCCUCCUAGAGGAAUGUAAACUGCAGGUAUCAGUCGGGCAGACUAUAAUUCUCACCGUCCUUACACCAAUUAUUAACAGAACAGUCCCAUAGGAACUCCUGGUGUGUAGUUUGCAUUUGACAUGUAGUCUUCGAUUUAAUACGUUUUCCAAAAGAUUCAAUACCGUUAUAAAAUCUAUCCAAAUGGUUUAUGUAUUGAAGUCACCAUGAAAGUCUAUGGGAAUUUUUACAGAAAAAUUAUUUAGAAAGUUUUUACUAACAGUAUUGAACCAUUUGGAAAGCUCAUUAAAUCAAGGCCUUAGAUAUCAAGGACACAUGAAUGAAUAAUACUGAGUUUUUAGGUAAUUCUUGUAGUCGUGCUGUUUCUCCUUUUCCCCCAUUUACACUCUGCAGAAUAUUUUUCUUUUUAAACCUUCAUUAACAUUUUCCUCUGUUGCAGGUGUUUGAAAUUCCUUGGAAGCCGACAUCCCACCCUUGUACUUUCCUUGGUCCCAGAGCUUCUCAGCACCCACCCGUUCUUCGAUACUCCAGAGCCGGAUAUGGAUGAUCCAGCCUGUAUCCUUUCUGCCAUGUUUUUAGGAUCCGCUUGUUUUCUGUGGCUCUAUGCAACUAGGUGACUUCACACGUUUGUUCACUCUGCUAGAUUUGAUACAUUGUAGCAAAAAAAAAACACAUAUAUAAGAACAGAUUUAUGUAUACUUAUAAGUGAGACAAAAAUAGUUUUGUACUGAUAAAUAUGCAGACUCCUCACUUAUCUAAUGAAUUCACAUUGGGGCAAUUAGAGGCUGUAAUUGUAUUGUGUUUGUGUGAUUAUGCAAUGUAUUCAUUUUUAGACUUCUUAACUGAAGUGUUCAUUUAAAGGAACACUAUAGGGUCAGGAACACAAACAUGUAUUACUGACCCUACUGUGUUAAAACUACUUGGCUGAUCUCAUCAGAAGUUAAGGAGGACACAGCCCUGGCCAAUCAGCAUCUCCUCAUAGAGAUGCAUUUUUAUGAGGAAAGUUCAGUGUCUACAUGCAGAGGUUGGAGACACUGACUGUCCCCAGGAAGCCCCUCCAGCAGUCAUCUGAGGAGUGUCCAAUGGAAUUAUUACUAGGCUGUAAUGUAAACACUGCAUUUUCUCUGAAAAUACAGUGUUUACUGCAAAAAGCUUGAAGGGAAUUAUUAUACUCACCAGAACAAAUGCAAUAAGCUGUAGUUGUUCUGGUGACUAAAGUCUAAACAUGAUUUGUAUGUCACAAAACCUGUGAGCAUUUUACUAAGGAUGGGGAGUAGCCAUAGUUUUGUACCUGUCGUCUAUGGUAAGGGACAGAGAGAUAGAGAAAGGAAUAUCUUUGCUCACUUGUACUUUUGCACCAUUGCGUGUCCCUAAAUUUGUUUUAGCAACGCUCUCAGUAAUACCUUUCCUAGAGAAUGAUCAGGUGCCUGUCUUCUGCAGUGUGUGUUUUAUUUAUUUUUUUACUUUAUUUGCCAUGAAGUAAGACUUGUUCCAAAAACUGCAUAAGAUUGGCAGAAUGUAGAAUGUAAACAGAACACCCCAUGUAAAAUGCACGUGAUAAAAGAUUUCUCAAAAGUAUAAAUAUUACUUUUAACCUGCUGAGUGUUUGAUGUAAGGAAGGUAUUGGUAUUUGUCAACCUCAGUAUGCAGUCUUCAUCAUUUUUGACACCUAUUACAUCGACAUUGCUGUAUGUGAACUUUAACUUUGCUAAUCAGAUAUUGCUGUUUUGGUUUUGAUAUUUAAUGCUGCCAAGAUCUGUCCCACGAUGCCAGCAUUGUUUUCUGAUCACACCUUUCGCCAUUACGCCUAUCUGCGGGACAGCCUUUCCCACCUUGUGCCAGCUCUCAGUGUAAGUUUAUAAAAUGAUCAGUUUGGGGAUUUGCUGCCAGAAAAGGGAAUGACUAUAGGGUGAUACCCAAGGGUACAUCAUUCUGCACAUUUAGGUAAUGUAGAUUUGAUAUGCUCUAAAUGGUGAAUAGAGCUUUGAAGUUAAUUUCAUGAGCUGGGACUAGAAUAUUUAUUUUGGCUUGCACUAAGUCACUACAAUCCUAUCUCUUCUGCAGCUUAUGUGUGUGUAUAUGUAUGUAUGUAUGUAUGUAUAUAUAUAUAUAUAUAUAUAUAUAUAUAUAUAUAUAUAUAUAUAUAUAUAUAUAUAUAUAUAUAUAUAUAUAUAUAUAUAUAUAUAUAUAUAACCUAUAUCUAUGUAUGUACCAAAUGUGCUUAGUUUCCAUAAUGUUUCUCUAUCAAACAUUAUAUAUAUUUAUAUAUAUAUAUAUAUAUAUAUAUACACACACAUACACACACAAAAAGAAAGCGGCUCGAUCCUCCUUUUCCUACAGAGCACCGCAAUUAUGGAACGACCUCCCGCACACUUUCAAAUCUUCCACAAUCCUAAAAUACUUUAAGAGAUCCCUCUCUACAUAUCUCAAAACAGAAUGCACCUGUCAUGGUUGAUUAUAUAUUUCCUAUCUGUUCUAUGUAAAAUUUUGUAUAUAUUUCGUAUUAAUAUUGUUUUUGUAUUUUAUUGUACCCUAUUGUAUCAAUGCAAUGUUUUGUGAACCCAGGACAUACUUGAAAAUUAGAUAAAUUUCAAUGUAUCCUUCCUGGUAAAAUAUUUGAUAAAUAUAAUUUGUGUAUUAAAUACUGAUCCUUAAUGAAUUACAUUAAUAAAAUAUGUUGUGUCAGAAUAGGUCUCAAAAUGUGCUUCCCUAUAGUGCAGGUCCAUGGGUAGCACUGUCAUAGGCGACAUUACCUCUAAUGUAUUAAUUCCCUUUUAAAAACUAAAAUAAUAGUUACUCUUCACUGUAGAUUAAUCUGUUCUCAUUCAAGUAUGUUUGUUGUUAUGAUGAGCUAACACAUACCAAUGUAAUGUUACCUUGCGGACAAGUGUGGAUGCUGUUGGCAUUCAAACUUGUCUUCUGCAUGCCAGCUCACAGAUUAAUAUGUCAACUACAGCUAUUCUAACUAUAGAAGAGUCUGAAGCCGGCUAAGUUUGUUCCCACUACAAGAAAUCUAUUAUCCGUCUAUGUUUAAACAUGGUUUCUCCUGACUGUUAAGAUUUAUUUAUUUUAAUCUUCUUAUCCUCAGUUGCCGGGUGUGAAGUGGUCAUGGAUUCCAGAUUUGGAAAGAGAGGCCCCUCAUGAAGACCCCUCACAGCAGUUCCUGCAACACAGCCUGGAGAGAGUUCAUAACCUUCAGCACCUUGGUUCACAGGGGACACAGGAACUGCUCGAAUUCACCAUUCGGUAAAUAAAAUCACAAUUGUAUCUGUCUUGUCAUAAAUAUCUUCAAGGUGCAUAUACCUCCAGUACCAUGCCAGCUCCUUGUAACUUCAUUCAACUUCCACUGCAUUCCAUUUGCUUGAUACAUUUAUGAAAACCAUAAAAAGUAAGAUUAAUGAAAUAGGUGUUACACGCACUGAUUUAUAUAUUGUAGGGCAGUGAAGGCUAACCUUUUGGCAUUGUAGCUAAAUAUCACCACUUGGGCUCUUUGCAUAAUUUGUUGAUGGUGGCAUCGUCGCUGAGUGUCCAGGGAUGCAGGGGAAGAGGAAUUAUACUUACCUAAACCUUUGCCUCGCUGGAACAACCAUGUUCUUUUGUCAGGUCCUCUUUAACUCCUGGAGAUUCAGCAUGCGCAUGCAUGAGUACAUGGAGGAUCCUACAAGAUCGCGGGACUCUCCAUAGACAGAGCCUUUUCCCUACUUUGCUUUAGUAUAUCUUUUGCCUAGGAUGGAAUUUCAGUGAUUGUACCUGUAUGAAAUACUCAUUUUGGGAGGGGGGAUGUUAAUACAAUAACACUGCUGUGAAAAAGAUUGUCCAUCACUGUCCUGCAGUAUUUAUAUCUGUUAUAAUGACUCUUUACAAUGGAGUUGUAGUGCUUAUGGAGCCUGGAGUGUUUUUUGUAAGAUUAAAAAGCAUGUUGUUUUUUCUUUCCUUAGUGAUCUGCAGAGAAUCGGAGAGCUUCAGUACGAGCUUGCGGGAAUGGCAGAUUUCUCUGCUACUUAUCUGCGUUGCCACUUACUGCUGAUCAAGGUUUGGUUUUCAUUGUAUUUUCAGUGAAUUAGGAAAGUGAAAGAGUCCAAUGUUGCUUGUGGGAGUAGCCAUCUUUAAAGUAUAUUUGUCAUGCGUAUACUGACUUGUACUCUGGAGUGGAUAUGCAACAAAAACAAAGCAAAAUAAGCUAAAGUCUUUUGCAGCUUAUGAGCUAAAAUUAAAAAAAAAGCAACCCCUCUCCCAUCCCCCCACCUUAAAAUAUUCUUCUAGUUUUACCUCAAAAAGGAGCUAAACAACUAUCUGGUGUCAAUUGCAAUCAAUCCCUGUAUUAACAUGCUGUAUUAUAAAUGUUUAUUUUCUUCUCUGCUAAAAAUGCAAAGUUAUGUCAGUUUUAAAAAGGACCUGCUCAUUUGGACAAGACAGCCUCUCUAGACAGAGACCAGGCAACAUUAUUCACAUGCACUAAACAAAUGGUAUUUCUAGUAAGCUGAAAUCCUGUGUGUCUGUUUUCCCAUUUCUGCUGCUUUAUUUAAAAACAUUGCAAGCAUCAGCUGUGACAAAUCUAUUUGUGUUCUAUUUUCAGGCCUUGCAUGAAAAGCUGUGGAGUCUUGCAGCUCCUCUCUAUGUCAGUCAGAAUUCUGUGACAGCUGCUGCAGUGAAACAGGUAAAUUAAGAAUUAGUGUGUCAAACGGCAAUAGCUUGGUAGUCUAAGUAGCACAGUCUAAAAAAACAAACAAAAAAAAACAAAAACCCUCCUUUCGACUAUUCAGUAAAAGUUUAUAAAUAAUCAUUAUUUUGUGGAUAAACCCAGUAAUCUUCAGGUUCUUGAUUCUAUUACUAGAGAUAAGUUAAUUUGUAGUAAUUACAUAGCUAUUUUACUUUUGCAUCCUAUGGGAAACCUGCCAUUCUGCUAGCAGACAUAAACAUAUCCCUAGUGAUAAAAUCCAGCCCCUUUUGUCUAUCCCAGUUUUAAGACCUGUGAUAAAGUAUUAAAAACAAGCAAUGUGAGCUGCCUGUCAGGAAGAAGUUAGGUGCAUGCUGGUAAUAUAAAGCAGUGUGAGCUGCCCGUCAGGAAGAAGUUAGGUGCAUGCUGGUAAUAUAAAGCUUUUCACACAUUGUAGAAUUUGCUACACUAUAACAAUGACAAAAGGGAGAAUCAUCCUGACAGACAAGGAAAGAGUGACUUAGAGAGAAGGAAUGAUGUACAAAGCCAUUGAGGUAAAGCAACACAAAGACGGUGACAGAGAGAGAUAAAGGAGAAAGUUAUACUGAGGAAAAAGUGACACCAGAGUGGAGACAGUGGGGGAUGACACCGAGUGAGAAAAAGAGAGAGAAAGUUACAUUGAGGGAAAGCGAUACAUGACAAGGGAAAACAUUUUGAAUGCAAAAAGGGCAAGCAGAGUUCAAUCCUAAAGCCAGUAGAUGUAGCUAAGGUUUAUACCCAGAAAAAAACACACAGGCUCACAGGAAUGGCAUAAACACAGAGUAACGAUUACACAAAGACCAUGAUUAUAGAACAAGCUGCUCUGCAGUGGCUUAGCAUCAUUUAGAUAGGCUGGAUUAAUUGCAUGACUUCUUCCCUUUUAAUUCUUAAAGUUCUUAGAAUUUAGUCAUUAUGACCCCCAGAGUUGGGAGAAUGAUAGGAAUCAACACUUGCUGGUUCAUUUUCAUAUCUCGGUAGCUAUUGUGGGUGCGUCGGCGUAGUGACAAAGUUAUGUUCCAGGAUUCAGAGUUCCAUUUCCUACUGUAUGUCUUUGUCUGUUUAGAUUUUUUGGAAACCAUAUGUAUGUUGACUGAAAUGUGUUGUUGGGGAUUACAGUUUCACUUUUCAAAAGAAGUGUUUAAUUAGCAUCUCUACUUUGUUCUUAGAUUUUGGAAGAAACUUACAAGAUGGAGUUUAUGUACAGUGGACUUGAGAACAGACAGGUGGCUAUAAUACAUCACAUGAGGCUACAAGCAAAGGCUCUACAGCUACUAGUGACAGCCCGAACUACUAAGGGGUAUGCUACAUCGAAACGUUAAAACAUCCUGAAACAGCAGAAAGUACCUCUUGUAGACCUCCACUAGAGGCAGACUGAACCCUUCAAUGAAAGCACUGUGUUUUCAGCUGUAGGGCUAAGGGAACAGGGACACUGCUCCCAGACCACUUCAAUGAGAUGAAGUAGCCUUUAUCAUCCUUCUUUUAUCAGCCACGGUUAAUGUCAAUUCAGAUAUCCAGGUGGUUUAGUGGGUAUUUGUAACCGUUUAUAUUUGUUUUAUUUGAAACUGAUGUAACCUCCACAGCGUAAUUCAUCUACUUUGUUACUAUUUGUAACUCUAGUAUGGAGAUCACAGAGUUGACUCCUAGUUUGCUUUUUUUUUUUUUUUUUAAUAAACUUGACGUUUCAGGUUUAAGUAAUAAACCAGUCCUGUGCUGGUUUGACUGUCUUUGGGGAUAUCGGAUGUCUAUACCUGAGCGUCUAUCAAGUUUAGAGAAUAAAUCCAUAGGGAGUGAAUAGAGAGGUCAACUUUAUUGAUAAUGGCUAAAAGAAGCACUUGCCAGGGAUAGACUGCAAUACAAAAUUCAGGAGUAUAUUUAUUUUUUAGAAAAACAGGAGUUAAACAUUUUAUGUCAACAAUAAUAAAAAAAUGUUUUUAAAGGUUAAAUUGAAAGCCUUUGUUAUAUCUAUAUAGUGUUAACGUAUCCUUUGUUUACUUUUUCUCUGUCUCUGUCAGCGUGGAACCGCUGUUUGGAAUGUGUGAACAAUUCCUCCAAGAGGUGGAUUCUAUUCAAAGGUUGUUGAAUUUUCUGAUCUGUUUUGUUUUGCUUGUAUUUAAAUGUAUGCAGAAGAAAAGCUAUUGGAUCCUUUUUCUUUUUUUUUAUUAUUUAUGUUAAGUUUCAUCAGUAUACAUACUGUCAAAAAGAGACAUUAGAAUUUUAAUCCCAGAAACAGGCGGCUGUUAAACCAAAUAAUUUGCUUGAACUGCUGGUGUUAUACAAAUAAAUCCACAAAUCAUCCUUAAGGAGUGGGGUGGGGUCCGUCUGUUAAACUUUGUUGAUAAUGCUUUUUAAUAUUAUUUAAGGAAUGCUAAUGUGAGAGGGAAAAAUGAUCAAUCGCAAUAGUAAUGUCUUCUAUUUUCUAUUAACUAUUUUAGUGAGAGAGCAAAACGGAAGAGGAGGAAAAAGGUGGGGUGGGAUGCUCGUACUCUUACAAAUUUGUGGGUGUAUUCAUGUGUUCACUGCUAAUUGUAUGCGUUUUACAAUGUCUAUUUCCUAUUCCCUACAGAUGCUUUAUUUCAGAGCUCCCUCAGAUGCAGGACAGUUUUGUGGAUAAGCUGCUGGAUCUCAUGCCAAGACUGGUUAACUCAAAACCUCUAGAAAUGGUUAAAAUUCUCCAGACAACUUUGCGACAAAGCAGCUUCCUCCAUCUAACCCUUCCUGAGCAGGUAAAGUCCUUUCUCUAAUCACCAAAAGGAGAGACGGAAUGUGGCAAUGAUUCUAUUAUUAAUGUGUGACUGUCAUGCAAAAUGGUUUGAUUUCAAAUGAUUCUUUACGUGUGUGUAUAUGUAUUAAGGAAAAUUGUUUCAUACUUACCGUAAUUUUCUUUUCCUGAUCAUUAUUCAUGGCAGCUUUUACUCAUAGGUUAUCCUGAAGAAAUAUAGAGCCAGAUAGGAAUUAAGGCCAUGAUAGCCAAACCUAGAGAAGUAACAAGGCUAGACAAACUCUCGUAAUGAACCCAUCUUGUAAUGGAUUAAAAAAAAAAAAAUUUUUUAGAAAACCUCUAUGAAACCCAGACACGGUCUAGAAAUUAUAGAUUCAUUAUGUCAACAAUAGAAGAUAAUGUCCUUCUCUGAUAUAAAUUAAAAACCAAAUAGAUGGCAUCAUCAAAUCAGAACCUUGACAAAGGCAUAACUUCCAGAGAUCAUACUGGAACAAGCAGAUAAUGUUGGAUGAGAACGGUCACACCAUGCUAUUAAACAGGGGGAGAAUUACACUGAGAAUCCUACUACUUUCUGGAUGGAUUUAUUAAAGACAAUUCACACUGCUUCAUUUUGCCUUGUGAACUACUUACCUGUAGAUACAGGAAAUAAAUCAAUAUCUGCCUGUCAGAAAGAGGCAGAGCCUAGUAGAGAAAUAAGAGUCUGUUAUUAAAACACUGCAACAAUGACUAUAUAUUGCAAAAUCAGACUCACAACCAUACCUCACACUGUGAAUGAAUUGAUACAGUAAUGAUCAGUCACAGGAGAGGUAGAAACUAAUAACACAAAUAGAUAUUACUAGGCAAAGGCAAGAAGAACCAUAUCAUACAGAUUAGUUAAAAGAAACAUCGGUAUGAACCGUAGAAUUUGUGGCAACUACUAAAUUAUAUGUAGGCCAACCGCGUCAGUACCUACAUUCAAAGAUAAACCGAUUGUAAAUGGUACAGAUUAUACCAAACAGUAAAAUCAAAAUGAUUAGAGACUGUUGUGCGAUAUAAGUAGGAGUUAUAUAAAAGGCAGGAGACUAAUGUGAAAGUAGUAACCAGAGGCACAUUAUACAUUGUGGCAACAGACACAUAAUAAGCAGGGUAGUAGAAGAUAUUCAGUUAUCCUUAUGAGAACAACAACCGCAUACUUACUCUGACCUUAUCUUCUGAUAGUGAUGAAGUACUUAUGGCAGAGCCUAUGGUUAUAAUAAGAUCAGUCUGCAGCUUGUUUUACCUGCAUAGAUAUCAACACCAAUCCAAGCAUAUAAUCAACAAGUAUUUUCACAGAACUCCAUGCACAGAUUAUACCACUCACAUAUACGGAGGUUGUGACUAACAGAAACCCACACACACAGGUUGUAUUAGAUUGGACUCGUAUAUAGAGGAUGUGUCUUAUAUCAUUCACAUAUAUUGUGUUUCCACUAAUACAUCAAGCAUAUAGAGAACAGAUAUACUGAAGCAAUGUCUCCAACUUACAUACAGAGCAUAUAGAGAACACACACUGAGGCCGAGUCUUCAAACCAACUCUUACAUAGACAAUGUAGUGGAUACAUAUACUUUGGCUGUGUCCUCAUAGUAAUUCAUACAAAGAGCAUUCAACCAUACAUAGAGCAUAUAGUUGAUACUUAUACUGAGAGCAUAUACAGGACACACACACACACUGAGACGGAGUCUUCAUACCAAUUCAUACAUAGAGCAUAGAUUGGAAACCUACUGAUGCUGUACCACAAACCAGUUCAUGUACAGAUAUUGAGGCCCAGUGGUCUGAUAUGCAGUAUAUUCUUCCACUGUGUGCAAAAGCCUGCUUAUUUGUGAUAAUGCACAGAUAACAGCAAUCAAUGCCACAUGCCUUCAUAGAAACCAGUGUCUGUGUGGACUUAGAGCUAGUUUUUAAAACCUGUCAUAUACAUGUGUGUACUUCAAUCAGUCACCCAAGAAAGUUCUCUUACGUUGGAUAUUUCUCUGUCUUCAGGACUGUGGAAUACCAGCAGACUUUAAACAGCCAGGAUAUCCAUUAUUAGCACUCUUUUGCACCAUGCCUCCUUGCAUUAUCAGCACUAUUUUUAUGCAUCCUUUCAUGUAAAAACUUACCUAAAUGCUCACCACACAAACCUCCUAAAUGUGACCUGUUUGUUAGAAGGAAGCCUAAUGUAAGCAGCUGGGAGGGACUGAAAGAACAGAGACCCAGGUGCCCAUACUAGUUUUAAUCUAAAUUACUAUUGCACUUACCUGAACAGUUGCAGGCCUGUGUUUCAGCGGCAAAAUGGGGAUUUGAACAACUGACAGCCUAAACUGUUUAAACUAUAGGCUUCCAUCUGUACCCCAUAUGCCGUUCGUCAUCAGAAGUGGGAGAAGGUUUAAACCAAACCCCAGACAAGGUGGAAAACAUAGAAGAGGCAUGCACACGUAGUCACCUUAUGGAAGUGCUGUAUACUGGGUCUUCAGGGAUAAAGGCUUAGACUCGGCUGGGCCUCAUGUAUGCAGUGGACCGCUGUCAUCCCCUCAGGGAGAGAGAUAGGUCAGACCCCUGGUUGCUGAAGGAGGUACCCAGGCUGGCAACUCUUACCGAUAUGCUGUUUGCUGGGUCUUCAGGGAUAAGAGGCUGAACCCUGGCCUGGCUUCAUGUAGGCAGUAUAUCACAUUCAUCCACUGAGGGGGUACCCAAGCUGGCCUGUUGCUGGGUCUUCAGGGAUAAGAGGCUGAACCCUGGCAUGCAGUGGACCAUUUUCAUCCCUUUCAGGGAGAGGUUGGGUCCGACCCCUGGUUACUAAAGGUGGUACCCAGGCUGGCUACCUUACAAUAGUGCUUUGCUGGGUCUUCAGGGCUUAGAGGCUGAACCCCUACAAAAAUAUUGCCUGGUGAGCAUAGAAGAAACAAAUCUAGGCCUGCAUAAGCAGACUCCUUCCAAACUGCUGUGCAGGACAGGAAAAAAGACUGCCUGAUGGGAAGGGGGGAUGAUCUAUUUAUACCAGUUUCAGAGUUCUAUUUCCUGUCCUUUCUGCUGUAAGGGGAGGAGCUAACCCAUGAGUAAAUGCUGCCAUGUUUGAUCAGGAAAAAUGCGUGCAUUAAUACAAAUAAAUCAGCCAGAUGAACUGAUAACAAAUGCAUAAAUUCCGAUGCGUUUAUCCAAUUUCGACUUUAAAUCUAGCCCAUUCAGAUCACAGGUAAACAUGACAAAUCUAUAUGCUGCAUUUUUCAUCUAAUGUGGCAGCCAUAUUGGGAAAGAAGGAAAAAAAUUUUAAGUAUAUACUUAACUCUGGAGUUAUCUAUAAAAAGUGUUCUGAAAAGAGGUGCAAAGAUGUAAAAGGGGCAGAACCACCAGUUCAAGGUGGCUGCUGGUUCCCGUGGUGACCACUUUUUAGAGAACUCAUUUUUAUACAUAACCCAUCUAUAGUAUUUGCUUACAGUUUUGCCAAUGUGCAGAUUACAUUUUAACCCCUUAAGGACACAUGACAUGUGUGACAUGUCAUGAUUCUCUUUUAUUCCUGAAGUUUGGUCCUUAAGGGGUUAAUAUAUCUGAAGCUGAUCAUCCACAUUUUACUUAUAGAAGUGUCACCAGAAAUACUGUUUACUAUCUCAACAGUUGUUGUAUGUCCUUCGUGCACUCAUUUCAACUCACAAUGCUUAUUAUAUUAUUAUAAGGUUGUAUUUGCACAGGGCAUGUCUAAAGUUCAUGGGUGUGGAAUUACUAUCACCUGAUGUCUGGGUCAUGUAGUGCCAUGUAGGUCAUGUAAUGCCAGACAGGAAUUCUUUUCCACAGGAAAGUGACAGGGUUGCUAGUAGGGCAACAGCCCCCCACCCAUAUGCCCCCUUUGCAAAGCCAAGCAUGUGCUCUGCUCCUGCGGCAGGUACACACUGCUUUAAGUGCUCCCUUGUGAGCCCAGUGCCUAGUGAAUGCGUUGGAGUGGAUCCACCAGGUACUUUGGACGGGAAGUAGUGAUUACUGUGGUAUGUACCUUUAGAGGUGCAGACCAAACACACCCUUGCUGGACCAUAAGAUUUUUUUUUAAUUUUUUUUUAAGGAAUGGUAAACAGGACGAGCAACAACACAAUGCACUAGCACACACUCACUGCAAGCAGCUGACGCAAAGCCACCAAACACACACUCUAGACAUACACUUUGGGGGAGAAAAUGAGACCAUGUGAUCAGGGCUCCAGGCAGGAGCUCCAGUCUAUGAAAUUGUAUUGUGGGUCAGAACAGGUAACAUGGGAUAUCACUUUAGUCCAUGGGACAAGUCGUUUUUUUUUUUUUGUUUGUUUGUUUAUUUUUCACAAUUCACACCCCUGAACGUUAUUGGCUAACACCUUUGGGAAUUGUAAUAAAAAGUUGCCACUAAUGUAGCUCUUGUGUUGUUUUAAUACUAACAUUGUUAUCCUUCCAGAUCCACAAAGCUUCUGCCCAAAUUAUCGAGCCAGCAGCAGAGUCUGAUAACCCAAUUCGCUUCACCUCCGGCCUGGUUGUGGCUCUAGAUGUUGACGCCACAUUAAAUCACGUACAGGAACCACAGAGCACAGUGAAAGUACAGGUACAAUAUAUGAUGUAUACCAGGAUAACUAAGAUGUGGAUUCCAGUUCGGCAAAUAUGAAAUUGAAUACAUUAGAUAAUGUCGCUCAUCAGUUAAACAAAGAACCCGCCUCCCAUUUCUGGAUUCUCCCACAUUACUUUUGGGGAUAUUGUUUGUCGUUAGAAAAGCUUUGUUUGUUAAAUAAUUUUUCUUUAUUAUUUCAUGUUAUCAUUCAGGUUGUAUAUCCAGAUGGGCAGAUGCAGAUUAUCCACCCUAAGCCAUCUGAUUUCCGGAAUCCAGGCGAAGGCAGGCACCGGCUAAUAACUCAGGUUUAUCUUUCACAUACAGCAUGGACAGGUAAGGGCGAAAUAAAGAUGACUUAAAAAGAAAUCAGACAUAGGGCAGAAAGCUGGAGUGGUUAAUGAAAUUAGUGCAGGAAUGUACUGUGUGAACAUUAAAAGUGAUCUUCGUUAGGAAUGUGCAGUGGGUGAGUAAAAGGAAUAUACUGUGGAAAUUAACACAGGUUGUCCAUAAAGAGGUAUUAGAAUAUGGUUGUCUCUCUGCUGGAUCGAUAUAAAGAUAUACUCUAAAUACCAGAACAACUUAAUAAAGGAACACUAUAGUCAACCAAAACAACUUAAGCUAAAGGAAGCAGUUUUGGUGUAUAGAUCAGGCCCCUGCAGUCUCACUGCGCAAUUUGCCGCCAUUUAGAGCACAGAGCAGGUUAGAGCGACAUCCAUGCCAGGGUACCACCAGAGGGAUCAGCAUAGAAGGUAAGAGACAUAGUGGAACAAUACCUGUCCCUUGCGGCGCUGUGCGAUCUCUUUGCACUGUAGUUGGAGCCGGUCUGUGGAUCCGGGAAAAAAACAACUGCCUCGGCUUGUCUAGGUGACAUCAAUGCUACCAUGAUGCACCUUAAAAAGUGCAGCAACCCCGGGCAAAAACAUCUGAAGCGGAGGCCCGCAGCCUACCACACGGAACGACCACGAGUGGCUCACAGGGCCUUUCUCUCCACUGAGCCUCCUGAAACAGAGGUCUGACCCCAGCGAUACAACUGCGGCCCUGCCAUUUAAAAUGGGGAAGAGAUCGCAAAAAGCAAAAUGGCGGCACCGGAGGAACAAACCGCCCAGGCCGAACCUCAAGACCCAAUGCAGGAUGACCCUUCCUUGCAAACUCCACCACAUGUACCGUAACUGACUACUCCCAACUGCAUAAAUGUGGCAAAUCUGGCCACCAAAUAAGACAUUAGAAAUGUGGGAGACUCCUUCCGGGGGCCCAGCGUUUCUCACAGUGAAAGGUGCAGGAUACCACACCUAGCAGUGUUUCUUUUUCUUGAAAUCUUCCGUUUUAUAAAGUAGGAAAAAGGGGACACUUAUCUAACACCUUUAGGGGGUUUGCAGCGUCCCGUUCAUGAAGUCUAGUCCUUUCCUACUUGGAACUUAAGUAAAGUUUCCUCACGUUUUGCCUGCAAGAUAGAUGUAACAGGCAGCACAAUAAAGUAAUUGUUCUGCUUAUCCAAGAGGAACAUGAUCAAGAUCCAGAUGUCUUUUUGUGGCACUGAAGAAGGAAGUCUUUGUUUGAUGUGUAAACCCUAAUAGUUCUCCCUAAGUUCACACCUUCGAUAUCAGAUCUCUGGGUAAGCCCUACAAUCCAAUCCAACUCAAGGAGUCCUUACAGAAAAAACAGCACUGCUAAGGGUGACUCCAUUAGUACAGUGUCCUUUAAAUGAGUCUUCAGUAGAAUUGAUCUGCAUGCUUGUCAUUUUGCUAUAUGUUUAAGAUUAGGUAUUGGGUCCGUUGGGCCUUUUUGUUAGGGAUGUUGCUAAUUAUUUUUAUUUUUUUUGGCAUGCUUAAUCUGUCCAGUUUUCCUCUCUUUUAUUCCUCUACUUUAUGAUAAAUAAAAUCUCUUGUGUCAGGUGAAAUUUGUGAGGAAAUUGAGAGGAAAAGCUCUUGUACAUGUGUUGUCGUUACUAGUAGGAUAGAUCAGUAUCUGAAUAAGGACUAUAUAUUCAUAUAGCUCUGUAUUUUCAAAUGUUUUACAUUAACUUAAAGUCGUCCCAUUUAUCUUCCUUAUACCAGAACCCUGUCAGAUUGAGGUGAGACUGUUGCUCGCCUAUAGCUCCAGCAGAAGCAAAGCGUCCAGUCGGUCUCCCACACCAUGGGGAGACAGCACAGAAUCUAUCCCUUCCACUGAGAACAGCACAGAGGGCACAAUCCAUCUUAGCAAACCUGUUAAAGUCUUCCUCAUGCCUAAACCAGCCAGGCGGUAAUGGAUAUACUUGUAUGGAUAUAUGUCUUUCCUGGUGUUGGGAAGCAUUGCAUUGCAAGGACACAGAUAAGGACAUGUCAUGUGAGGCUCACUUGGGAUGAACAAACUUUCCUACUCCAGGUGUUGUUGGAUCACAACCUCCUUUACCCUCAGCCAGCAUUCAGGGUAACAUGAACCAAAGUGUGGAAUGUUACCACACUAGAGAUUUUGACGUAAAUUAUUUUUGAGUGUUUCUUUCAUACACUAUCGGGAUAUUCAAAGCAAAUAGUAAGGCAUCAAGUAGAAAAAUCUCGCUGUAUUUUUAUUUAUUUUUAUCUACUUUUGAGGUUCGCUUAUAACAUUGGAAGAAAAUGUUUGUCAAACCAGCUGUUCCUAUAUGCUUCCUUACCAUAAAAACACAUCUACAUGAAUAUCUGAUUAGGGGUAAAUGUGCAUUCACAUGCCCUUCUAAACUCCAUAAAUGUUUCCAUCAAUGUGAACUUAAACAAUAAAUACAUAAAAGAAAUGCUAAAGUCCAAGUUCUCCCCUCAACCCAAACCUCAUUGGUAGAGGUCAGGGUGGAUGGACUGCGAGGUGAAGGGGGAAAGUGCUGCCGUUAGCUUUUUGCUAUGUUGUUUUGGGCUGGCUAAUAGCUAAAAGGCUAAUCUUUCUGUAUGUGCAGCAAAAUGCUUCACAUACAGAGUACAGUCAUUGUGACCACUUUAAAUAGUUGAAAUGGUCGUGGUACUUUGAAUAACCCUUAAAGUUUAAAAACAACAAUGCAUCUAGAAGGGAAGUUGCUCCUAGAUGGGAUCAUCAUGGUAAGUAAAACUACUAAACUGAUGCUUCUCCAGUGUAUGUUGUGAGGACAAAAAAAAUGAAUGAAAAAUAAUGUAAUGAAUAGGAAAAAUCCUUGCUUGUAGUUGCUUAUUUUUUGGUUGAAAAAGAUAAUAGAAAUGCACCAGGCAGUAAACAAAAUAUUGUACAAGGAAAAUAAGUUAAAAUACAGGCAAAAUAAAUAAUGGGGAGACACUGCUAAGCAAGAAAGUAUGCGUCUCACGUCUAGCAGUAGCCUGUAUUUGGAUUUAUUAUAUUUGUACGUUUACUUUAUUACUGCUUUGUGCAUUGCUAUUCUCUUUUUCCCCAAUAAAUAAGCAACUACACUACAAUGAUUAUCCCUGUUCAUUACUUUGGAGAUUCUUAAGAGUGCAAUAUACUUCAUGCUUUUCAUUCAUCAUAAUAACUAUACUGGUUUAUUGCUUUAAAUAGAUCAGUCUGUGUUGAUAAGAGUGAUUGUGCUUAUACAUACAUGCAUUAAAGUUCAUUGCCAAAAAAAAAAAGUUCAUCUAAAUGGAUAUUCAUUUUGAUCUAUGUAAUUGGAAUGAAGGAUUCCCUGAUGUGGACUUGCAGUUGAUUAUACUAGGGGCAGCAAUCUAAUUGAAUACCCUCACAUCACAAGGUAGUGUGGUGUUAAAUAUUGGAAACUUGUUUUGUUUCACUUUAAAAGCACAACAAAUUUGAUUAACAGAUUAUUUCCAUUUGUAAUAAAG